UCCAUGUAGUAGAUAUCAAUAUACUGCCACUGAGAUCAUCUCAACCAACAGUCUGUUCUCUAAGUCAACUAAUUUUUGGCCUUUCGCCACAGAGAGACCAAGUCAUUAAUAUGGUGGCUCGAAAGAUAUUAAUUUUAUUUUUCUUAACAACGCAAGCAUUAUCGGCACCAACUGGCUGCACAGAAUAUUGUGGUUCAUAUCAUCAACAAUAUCAAACGCAAAGUUCAAAUGCUUUCCAAGGCCAAACUGACUUAUCAGAAAUUGCAUCACGUUUACAGGGCCUUGACUAUUCAAGACCCGGUACAUGGUCACAGCAUAAGGACUAUAAUGUAGACAACGGGCAUGGGAAAGUGCAUGAAGAACAUGGUCAAAUUGUUGACGGACCGAAAACAGUAAGAUACUAUCAGAAAAAUUAUAGUUCUUCUUACAGUACGAAAUAUCCUAACACUGGAGGAUCGAAUAUCGAAUACCAGAACAACAGAUAUGGUGUACAUGUACCUACGGAUAAUACCUUCGAUUCUCAGAGGGCUUAUAGCCAAACGGGUACUUCAAGGUCAACUACAGAGCAAAAUAGGUAUAACCAAUUAGGAAGUCAACAACAUACUCAAUCUACAUUUAUGAAAACUAAUGCUCAAAGUGAAAGAUUUGAAAAUUUUCGAGGAGAUAGUGAAAAUUUACAAGUGCAGCAGCACGGUUUACCUGAUUUUAAUACUCAACAUACGCAAGAAUCUUACGGUACUAAUACGCAACCUGGAAAUUGGAAAAGAGUAGAUUCGUAUAAAACUGAUGGGGGACAUGGUCGCGUAUUCACCGAAGAAGGUCAAUACGUUACGGGAGACAAAAAGGUUCGCUACUAUAAACAGAAUUAUACGUCCAAUUACAGUUCGCUUGACGGAAUACCUGUUCCUGAUGUAUCAAAAAUUGGCAUUCAAAAUAUUCAACAGGAAGUAGACAAACUACACAAAGAUAUUGCAGGAUUAAGUCAAUUAUCGACAACUAAUACCAUGGGAACCAGCAAUAUUGGUAUUCCUCAUACGAUGUCCAGUAAUUACGGAGCUCGACAUUAUGAUAGUACUCUAUCUGAGACACAACGCAAUGAACAAUCUAUCUCAGAUACUACUCGUGGACGGUUACCUUAUAGAAGCUCUUCGCAAAAAAUUUUUAAUCCCACGCCUGGAUAUACCAAUGUACACAGUACAGAAAGCAGUGGGUACAGUAAAAGCAUACACAGUGACUCAACUUUACAUCAUCAGGUAGAACAGUCAGAAAAUUUAGAUGAACAUCAAUCAAAACUUGUUCAAAAUCAAAUGUUCCUUGACAAUUUGAGAAACAGUGCCAACAUAGGCAGUGUAAUUCCUUCAGGCUCGACAGGACGAGUGCCUUAUAACGUACAUUGGAGUUCGAGUCAGACUAAAGAAAUCUCUGGAAUACCGCACUAUACAAGAAAUAUGAAUCAGUAUAAUUUACAGAAUUAUAAUCAAUAUGGAAAUGGACACACAAAUCAAGGAUAUUCACAUCAGAUUGAAGAAAGUGGUUACACUUCAAGUCAAAAAGCACAGUCAGGAAAAUUGAUAACUGGAGAAAUUGAUUUAGGACAUGGCGAAGAUACGGUAGAUUGUGCAUAUGAUUCACACACCCAUAGCAAUUAUCAGCAUCAAACGAAAUAUAAACGUAAUACAAACCGUGAAGAAGAGCAGCAGAUCGAUGAGAUUGUUCAACAAACUUUUGGAAACACAGAAUUCGAUCAACACUCACAACAAUCUUAUGAUCCAUGGAAACCACAUACUGGAAAUCAAAAGCUAGAAGACCUUACCCAAAAAACCCAUCAAUUCGAUGACCUUACUCAGCAAACGUCUGGGAAGCUUGAAUUCGGACAAGAAUCCCAACAGAGUUAUCAACCCUGGAAGCCGAAUACAAAUAAAAAUUUAGAAGAUCUUACUCAACAAACAUCUGGGAAGCUAGAGUUUGGACAAGAAUCCCAACAGAGUUAUCAACCCUGGAAGCCGAAUACAAAUAAAAAUUUAGAAGAUCUUACUCAACAAACAUCUGGGAAGCUAGAGUUUGGACAAGAAUCCCAACAGAGUUAUCAACCCUGGAAGCCGAAUACAAAUAAAAAUUUAGAAGAUCUUACUCAACAAACAUCUGGGAAGCUAGAGUUUGGACAAGAAUCCCAACAGAAUCAUCAACCUUGGGAGUCCACAGGAGACAGUCUUACACAGGAAACAGAUCAAUUUCAUGAUCUCACACAGCAAACGUCAGGGAAGCUUGAAUUCGGACAAGAAUCCCAACAGAGUUAUCAACCUUGGAAGCCGAAUACGAAUCAAAAUUUAGAAGAUCUUACUCAACAAACAUCUGGGAAGCUAGAGUUUGAGCAAGAAUCCCAACAGAAUCAUCAAUCUUGGGAGCCCAAAGGAGACAGUCUUACGCAGGAAACAGAUCAAUUUGAUGAUCUCACUCAGCAAACGUCUGGGAAGCUUGAAUUCGGACAAGAAUCUCAACAGAGUUAUCAACCCUGGAAGCCAAGUGGUACAGAUCCAAAUGUAGAUGAUACUACACAAAAAACGUCUGGGAAACUCGAGUUUGGACAAGAAUCCCAACAGAAUCAUCAAUCUUGGGAACCGAAAGGAGAAAGCCAUACACAGGAAACAGAUCAAUUUGAUGAUCUCACUCAGAAAACGUCUGGGAAGCUUGAAUUCGGACAAGAAUCCCAACAGAGUUAUCAACCCUGGAAGCCGAAUACGAAUCAAAAUUUAGAAGAUCUUACUCAACAAAUAUCUGGGAAACUAGAGUUUGGGCAAGAAUCCCAACAGAAUUAUCAACCUUGGGAGCCCAAAGUUGACAGUCUUACACAGGAAACAGAUCAAUUUGAUGAUCUCACUCAGCAAACGUCUGGGAAACUUGAAUUCGGACAAGAAUCUCAACAGAGUUAUCAACCUUGGAAGCCGAAUACAAAUCAAAAUUUAGAAGAUCUUACUCAACAAACAUCUGGGAAGCUAGAGUUUGGACAAGAAUCCCAACAGAAUCAUCAAUCUUGGGAGCCCAAAGGAGACAGUCUUACGCAGGAAACAGAUCAAUUUGAUGAUCUCACUCAGCAAACGUCUGGGAAGCUUGAAUUCGGACAAGAAUCCCAACAGAGUUAUCAACCUUGGAAACCAAGUAGUACAGUCCAAAAUGUAGAUACUACUCAACAAACAUCUGGGAAACUAGAGUUUGGGCAAGAAUCCCAACAGAAUCAUCAAACGUGGGAGCCCAAAGGAGACAGUCUGACACAGGAAAUAGAUCAAUUUGAUGAUCUUACUCAGCAAACAUCCGGGAAUCUUGAAUUCGGUCAAGGAUCUCAACAGAGUUAUCAACCUUGGAAGCCGAAUACAAAUCAAAAUUUAGAAGAUCUUACUCAACAAACUUCUGGGAAGCUAGAGUUUGGGCAAGAAUCCCAACAGAGUUAUCAACCUUGGAAGCCGAAUACAAAUCAAAAUUUAGAAGAUCUUACUCAACAAACUUCUGGGAAGCUAGAGUUUGGGCAAGAAUCCCAACAGAGUCAUCAACCUUGGAAGCCAAGUAGUACAGUCCAAAGUGUAGAUGAUACUACUCAACAAACAUCUGGAAAAAUAGAAUUUGGGCAAGAAUCCCAACAGAAUCAUCAAUCGUGGGAGCCCAAAGGAGAUAGUCUUACACAGGAAAUAGGUCAAUUCGAUGACCUUACUCAGCAAACAUCCGGGAAUCUUGAAUUCGGUCAAGAAUCUCAACAGAGUUAUCAACCUUGGCAGCCAAAUCGCGCACAGCAUAUAGAUGACACAUCGACACCUUCUACGCAAAGUCAUCCCAAGCCUGCAGAAAAGCCGAAGCCAAGGUCGCGAUACUCGAAACCAGCAGCUAAUGUACAGUUUCCAAGUCAAGGUAUGGAUAUUAAUAACCAAAAAACUGAAAAUUCUUCUUUAGGAGAUGUAGAUGCUUUAGAUAUUAAUGAGAUACCUCCAGAAAUUGAUGCAGGUGCUGGUACAAACAUUAGGGAUCAAAAUAUAAGGGGAGACCAAGGUAUUACGAGUUCCACCAAUAAAGACUCUUCUAAGCCCUUAAAAGAAACUGAGAUUAGUGCAUACGAUGUUGAAGGAGCAAAUGUGGAUCAAGAAAAUUGGUUACACAAAUCGAACGAUGCAACUGUGGGUUUACAAUGGCAUUAUACAUAUCAUCCAAGUGAUCAGAGACAAUUUGUACAACAAAUAGAUCAGAAGAAUAAAGAGGGUCAACAGGAGUUAACAACCAUUUCACAACAGGCUCAUGAGGAAACACAAAAUAAACAUGUAACUGCUGAUAAGAAUCAACAGUCUCAAUAUUACGCAUCUGAACCUGGAGUAAAAAGUGUUAGGAGGAGAGUUCAUCUAAUGCAAACGCAAAAUACAUUAACAUCUGAUCAACAGGCAAGUGAUCUUGCAAAUAUACAGAAGAAAGAUGUUGAACAAAAUGAAUCUCAACCUAAAUUGGAACCAAGAAUUUUGGAAGCUUAUGGAGGAGGAGAAUAUGAUCCAUUUCACAGUGAUGACAUAUAUGCAGGAGUAACAAUAAAUCCUAGUGCUACUUUACUACCUGUACAUAACGAAGAUCCAUGGUAUAUUCGAGAAAAACCAAAGGACGUGAUGACAGAGUUAACACCUCCACCAUUACCUGUAGAACCCUUAGACAUAAACGAUACGCCAACUACUGAAGCAGCACCUCCACCAUCAUUUUGGUCACGAAUUGGUCAUAAAAUAACGAACACUAUUGAUAAAGCUAAAAGUUCUGUUGAUAAAGCUAGAGAAAGAGCCAGGACUAUUUUUGGCUAAUCAUUAUUUAUGAAUAAUAAAUUUGUGAUACUAAAAAAUUUAUUAUUGCAAGAAUCGUUGCUAGUAUUGUAUACUAUAUUAUUACUAAUAAUAUCAUAAAAUUGAUCUAGUAUUACAGACA